AUGACGUCCACAUCGGCCUCAACCGCCGGUACGGAGGGUGCAAGCAUACGGUUGAGUAGCGGUCGGUUAAGCCUAAAGCAGCGUGCCCCGAGUGAUGGUACCGAUUCGUCGUCGUGCAGCACACGGGAACCGUGGAUAUCGACGAACAAAAUUCUCAACAGCAGCCUGUGCGGUCGACGCAUCAACAGCCGCAAUCCGAACUUUGACUACGACGAAACGAAGUUGCUGAUUGCGCUGUGGGGCGAUCCGGUGGUGCAGAAAACGCUCAUCACCACGCACAAGAAGCAUCCGGUCAUUGCGGAACUGGCGCGGAAGAUGCGAGACCACGGAUAUAACCGGUCGACCGAGGAAAUAAAUACACGCAUCAAAAACCUCAAGUGUUUCUACAACCGCAUCAAAAAGGACAUGGCGGCCGGUAUUAUAAAUCAGACGACUUGGCGCCAUUACGCCGAGAUGGACGAAAUCAUUAGCCGGCCGGUGUUUGGCAAUGCGCACCGGCUCCACCUGCAACAACAAACGAAGCAGCAGCAUCAGCAACAGCAGGAUGCCGUGGCACAAUCGUCCAAGCACGAGAACGACCAGGACGAUGGUGCUAAGGAUCCGCUUCCACAGUUCCCGGUAAAGCUGGAGGUAAUGAGCGACGAUGAUGAUGAAUACGAACCAACGGAGAUACGGGCGGAAGAUUUGCUUACCAUCGAUGCAAAGUUCCCGGAAGAUUCGCCAACAGUACCAAGUCAGCGUUCAUUGCGUCGCAAUAGAAAUGGUGGCGCUGGCAGUGGCAGCCGAGCUGGGAAGAAUGUCACUAACGGAAGAGCAGGAGGUAACCGCAAGCAAACGGAGGAAGACGAUGAUGACGAUGAGGAUGAAGAUGAAGAAGAGGAGGAGGAAGAGGAGGACGAUGAUGAAGGUAGUGAUUUCGAUGUCGAAAAUGAAUUUAACGACGGCUUGGAUGAAUUACUGCAGAAAGCACAAGCCACUAAAACCACUUCCGGCUCUGGUGGGACAAAAUCGACGAGCGGUGCAACAGGAAAACCAGCCAGUACGAGCGGGUUAGUGAUUGAAACAAUCACGUCGGGCAACGGUACCACUAUCACGGCAACCGGUACAUCCUCCACGAGUAUACCGACCACCGGGAAGAUAUCCGUCGUUCCGACAAAUCUACUGAUGAAGCAACCUUCAUCGGUUGCGUCUAGUUUGGCCACACCGAUACAGAUCUACACCCAGCCAACGAUGAGCAUCGCAAAGGGCGUCGGUACGGGAACAGCGACUAUGGUUGCUACGGCCGGUACGGCCGGUACUGGUUCAGGUUCUGGUGUAGGUACGGCCCCAAUGAAGCUGCUGCUGGUAAACACCGUCGCAAAGGAUGGAACAACUCAACAAAUACUAACGCCGGCAUCGGAAGCAACCGCGACCAUGCCAAAGCUUAUCCCUGCGCCCAUACAUCACUCCAAAAUACCACUCUCGGUAACUGGUCAAUCUCCGAUCGUCACCAUACCGACGGUUAACGUACCGAAGAAGGUGGGUGAACCGAUCAAGCUAGGGACUACCGGUGCGCGAACAGCAAAUGGUGGUCAAUCUGCGGGAUUUCGCACACUACUCACCCAGCUCGUUGCUAUUCAGCGUGAAAAUUUGACCCUCAACAAGGAACGUUUGGCACUGGAAAAGGAACGGCUAGAGUUCGAAAAGCAGUUCGGCGGUUCACUCGUCGGUAUGGUGCGCAACAUGAGCACGUUCUUUACCGGUAUGCUGCAGCAACAGCGGAAGGAACAGCAGCAACUAAAAGAAACACAGCACGAACCGCAACCCAGCAACAAAGCAGUAGAGUCGCAAAUAAAACGUGCGGAAAACGCCAAAACUCCACCGCUGGUCGCUACCGAUGGCCAUGCCGGUUUGGAGAGGCGUGAAAUUUCAUCAUCUGCAUCAUCGCCAUCAUCCGCGUCACGGGUUGCAUCACCAACGUCAACGACGAAAGUACCGUCUGCGGACAGUGGAAACGAGACGAAGGAACCCAUCACAGGGUCGAAACGUUCUGCACCUUCCUCCACACCACCACCCUUAAUGCCGGUACCAUCUUCCGUGAAGCCUUCAUCCACAUCGGACGUGUCCUUGCCGAAGAAGCGUCGUAUGAUGACUCGCAACUCAGCGCAACACAUCCAGUCGACCGCAAAUGGUACUGAAGAUCCACUUAAAACGGAAGUUAUUAGCGAUGCCGACGAUCCCUAG